GGAGUUUCAAAAAUCCGCUGGGGUGGGAAAGGCGCAUCUGUGCUUGGUGUCUGGUGAACGUGGGAGCUUUUGGGGUCUGGCCGACAGAACAGACUGUUGGCCAGGCAGAUGGCCUCUCGGUGGCCAAGCGUGGGGGCCUCCAUUCGCAGGAGAUCUCUGCAGGACCAGGAGCAGCUGGAGGAGGAUGAGGUGCAGCCUGCGACUGGCCGUCUGGAGACCCCCAGGGGAGCCCUGGGCUCCCUCUGCAGGCAGUUUCAAAGGAGGCUGCCCCUGAGAACAGUCAGCCUCAACCUGGGGGCAGGCCCCUCCUGGAAACGCCUAGAAGCCCCAGAGCCAGGGCAGCAGGGCCUCCAAGCUGCAGCUCGCUCAGCUAAGAACGCUUUGGGUGCCGUCUCCCAGAGAAUUCAGGAGUCCUGCCAAAGUGGCACCAAGUGGCUGGUGGGAACCCAGGGGAAAGGCAGGAGGAGGAAGAGAGAGACACAGAAGGGCAGCAGCCCUCCAGGUCGCAGCCUAAGCCAGAGGAGCACCCGACUAUCUGGACCCACCCUCGGUCGCUCAACUCCUGGCCCCUGGGAGAGGGAGUAUCACCGCCUCUCCACCCAGAUGGGCCCACGUGCCCUCCCGCUGCGGAGGUCCAGGAGGGAGGCUGCCUUCCGGAGCCCCUACUCCUCUACAGAGCCCCUCUGCUCCCCCAGUGAGUCUGACAGUGACCUGGAGCCUGUGGGGGCAGGAAUCCAGCAUCUCCAGAAGCUGUCUCAAGAGCUGGAUAUGGCCAUUGUGGCUGAAGAGAGCGGUGACAUGACCGUUUCUCUCAUCCGUGACUGAGGACAGUGCCUUCAGGUCAUGCCCUCCUCCCGAGCAUCUUUCUCAGCGUCCUCUGCUUCCUCCUGUCCUCCUCCUACAUGGGCACAUACGUGUAUUUGGAGGCACGUUAAAGAACCGAGUCUUCUGGAAAAACCCACAGAGCUUAUGGCCAGCAGAGCUGGAAGUGCUCAGUCUUCCUGCCAGCUCGGAGCUGGAGUUGCUCACCUUACCAACCCGCCACCUUCUAGCCCCUCAUCUGGGGGGAAGUGUCCUCAGUUCCCCUGUCCUGAGCACAGUGAGGGGCAUGAACGGAGCUCUGUCUUGCAGGAAGCAAGCCAUAUCUCACCCCCACGUCCCCACACCUAGGGUCCAUGCUCCCCUUGAGUUCCUGGUGGAAGCCCCCAGGACUUAGCCAUGCCCCCUGGGCCACGUCUGAGCCCAGAGUGACCACCUGCCCCAGUCCAAGAGUGGCUAGGGGAGACCCCAGAGGGGUAGGGGGAUUGAUCACCCUGCUCCCCUUUUGGGCUUUGAGAUGCACCCCACACUUGGGCCUUGUGGUUGUCUCUUUUCCAACAUGAAGUGUAGGCUAUAAAGGUGUUUGAGCACGCUGAGCUGUGUACCCGGGAAUGGGGUCUGCCAGGAGUCACCGUGUUUCACCUGUGUCCCAGGCUAUUGGGAACCAGCUCCCGUCCCUGCACCAAAAGAAGGGAUUGGAGAGAUUCUCCGGCUCUGAGACCCGAGGGCCCACAGGGACCUAUUUGUGUUCUCAGCUCUGUGGGUGGCAGGGAGAGCAGCUCUGCUCAUCAGCAACUUCUGCCCUUUGUAAGUUAUUUAAGAAAUCUGCUUUGUCAUUUUAGUAGAAAGAAAGCAGUGUGUAACUUUCCUCCAUAACAUUGCUUUUCAUAAUAAAGACUCUCUCUCUGCA